AUGGGAAUCCAUCAUACUGGUAAUAAUUGGCCGACACGUCGCCCUUGCGCUCUCUGUUUCCGGUUGAUUGGCGCGCGCAAACGUGAUUCAUUCCGUUUCACAAACCCCGACUCGACGCAAUCCAUAUGUCAACGGCCCAAAGACUUUCCGAACUUUGAGCGCAUACCGGGUGAUGGAAUACGGACCAUAGCAGAAGAGGAAUUACGAGAAACGCGUCAUAAGCGGUUCAUCGUCGUUGGAGAUAUCCAUGGGAUGCACAGCAGCUUCAAAAAAAUUCUGUCCUCUGUGUCUUACUCCGAAUCAUCCGACUAUCUGAUACAUGUCGGCGAUUUGGUGGCCAAAGGCCCCUCAUCACCCCAAGUUUUGAACAAUCUCUCGCAGGCAAAUGUCACCGGUGUGAGAGGAAACCACGACCAGAAAGUUAUCGAAUGGAAGGCCUGGAUCGAAUGGGUUCAAUCUCACAAAGGCGGAAGAGCUUGGCUCCGUGACAUGGAAUCAAAGACACCGGAAGAGCUCGAUGAUCUCAAGCGUAAAUCAAAUAAGCGCAAAUGGAAGAUCCCAGAUGGUUGGAAGUUUGGUGGAGAGCAUUAUUGGAUCGCUAG